AUUUCCAGAACAGAAACAAACGAGAGAACACAGAACAACCAGCAACAGGAGAAUCUGAGCUGAAUAUUGAAUUGAAACAGACGGGAGAAAUUGAAGACAGAAGAACUAAUUAAUAAACAAUAAAAAAAUCCAUGGAGAAACGGUCACCUCCUUCGUCACCAUCAAGCUCCAUUGAUGGCUCAAGAGAACUUCAAUGUAUUGGAACACUCGAAAUUGUUAGACCGAAACCUGUCGGUUUUCUCUGCGGUUCUAUUCCUGUCCCUACCGAUAAAUCUUUUCACGCUUUCAACUCCGCUCUUGUUCCUUCUAGCGAAACAGUAAGUGCACCGAGGUACCGGAUGCUGCCGACGGAGACCGAUUUGAAUACACUUCCGGUUGUUUCAAACUUGCCGGAGAAGGUUCUUCCUGUUGGUGCUAUACAAUCUAAGGCCACCGGAGAGUUACCUUGGGAAGGAGAUACUAUUUCAUCAAACCUUACUAGGAAAUGUGAAGCUCUUGCUGUAUCUGGUUUAGCGGAAUAUGGGGAUGAGAUAGAUGUGAUUGCUCCUACUGACAUUCUGAAGCAGAUCUUCAAAAUGCCGUAUUCUAAGGCUCGAUUAUCAAUUGCAGUUCGUCGUAUUGGACAGACUCUUGUCCUGAACACCGGGCCUGACUUGGAAGAGGGAGAAAAGUUGGUUAGGAGACAAAAAAAUCAACCAAAGCAUGCAGAUCAAUCUUUGUUUCUGAAUUUUGCUAUGCAUUCAGUCAGAAUGGAGGCUUGUGAUUGUCCACCAACUCAUCAUUCUUCAUCAGAGGGGCAGUCAAAUUCAUCUGUACUUCCUGGGUCUGGCACAUCACAUUCUAUGGGGCAGCGUGAUGGUGCCACUGAGAAUGAAGGAUACAACCAUUGUUCAGAGUAUCCACAAGUCAAACAAGAUGGCUUCUUUUGGGAAGGUAAAAAGAAUAAGAGAAAUAAGGAUCAUCAUCCAGUAAAAAAGGCUUCACGCGUUGGUGAAAAGCCUAGAUGCUCAGUUCAAGAAUCUGAGAAGCAUAAAAGGGUGCAUAAUGAUGGAUUUUUAAGGGUUCUGUUUUGGCAAUUUCACAAUUUCCGAAUGCUCUUAGGCAGUGACUUGCUUCUCUUCAGUAAUGAAAAGUAUGUUGCUGUGAGCUUGCAUUUAUGGGAUGUAACAAGACAGGUAACUCCAUUAACUUGGCUUGAAGCAUGGCUUGACAAUGUUAUGGCGAGUGUACCCGAGUUGGCCAUCUGUUAUCAUCAAGAUGGUGUUGUUCAAGGUUAUGAACUUCUUAAAACAGAUGAUAUAUUUCUAUUAAAAGGCAUCUCAGAAGAUGGAACUCCUGCUUUUCAUCCUCAUGUUGUUCAGCAAAAUGGCCUCUCUGUUCUGAGGUUCCUUGAAGAAAACUGCAAGCAGGAUCCUGGUGCCUACUGGCUUUAUAAAAGUGCUGGUGAAGAUGUGAUUCAACUUUUUGAUAUUUCUGUUAUUCCAAAGAACCACACCUCCAACAAUUGUGAUGAUAGCUCAAUGUCCCUUCCUUCCUUAUUGAACAGAGAGAGAAGUGAUUCCUUAUUUUCAUUGGGAACUCUUCUUUAUCGCAUUGCUCAUAGGCUUUCUCUUUCCAUGGCACCUAAUAAUAGGACUAAGUGUGCAAGAUUCUUCAGGAAAUGUUUGGAAUACUUGGAUGAUCCAGAUCAUCUGGUAGUGCGGGCAUAUGCUCAUGAGCAAUUUGCAAGACUUCUUUUGAAUCAUGAAGAGGAGCUGGAAUUGAAUUUGACAUCUGAAUCACUUCCAAUAGAAUGCGAAGUUACAGUCCCAGUAGAAUCCUUGGACUCUUCUUGUGGUUUAUCUGAAUCAGUUGCUUAUGACAAUUUCUCCUUGCCAGUCGCAGAAGAUAGAUUGAGUGGAAACCACUCUCGUUAUGAAAUAUCAGAGACUCCUGCAAAGAUGACGCUGCAGGAAACUGUAUCUAUUUGCAGAAAUUUGAUAGCAUCAAAUGACACAGAAUCAAAAGAUUUAGAAGAAUCCCUUCCAAGUUCUAGUGGUAGUGAAACAUUUGCAGUGUCUAAAAAGCCUCCGGCUUCUGCAUGUGUGGUUCAAACUGUUGCUCAUCCAAUCUCCUCCAAGUUAGCUGCAGUACAUCAUGUUUCACAAGCUAUUAAAUCUCUUAGAUGGAUGCGCCAACUACAAGGCACUGAAGUAGAGUUGCUUGAUAGGGUUAGUAAUAAUCAUGAUAGGCCACCUUCAUCUGUAAACUUUUCUGUCUGUGCAUGUGGUGAUACCGAUUGUAUAGAAGUUUGUGAUAUUCGAGAAUGGCUUCCAACAUCAAAAAUAGAUAAUAAACUGUGGAAGCUUGUUCUUCUGCUUGGAGAAUCUUAUUUGGCACUAGGGCAAGCUUAUAAGGAGGAUAACCAGUUGCAUCAAGCGUUGAAAGUAGUAGAAUUAGCAUGUUCUGUUUAUGGAUCAAUGCCACAACAUUUAGAGGAAGCAAGGUUUAUUUCCUCAAUUACUAAAUAUCCAUCCCUAGAAAUAUUCAAUGAAAAUAAUGAGAAGACAAUAUCAUAUGUUGGUGAUGCAAAGGGAGUAAAAUCAAGUCCUAGUGAUGAUUCUCUUGCUUUUGAGCGUCUCUCUUUGACUUACCUAUUCUGGGCCAAGGCAUGGACGCUGGUUGGAGAUGUGUAUGUUGAGCUUCAUUUAAUAAAAGGUAAAGAGCUCUCAGUAAAAGCAGACAUUAAACCUUCUGCCAAAGAAUUGAGAAUGUCGUCUGAGGUUGUGAAGGAAGUCCAAAGGCUAAAGAAAAGGCUGGGUCGGUAUAUUCAGAAUUGCAGUUCAUGUUCUCUUGUAAAUUGCAGCUGCCAAAGUGAUAGGGCUAGCAGUGGUAGCAGCGCUAGCAGUAGCAGUGGAAAUAAGCGCUCUGUAGUUUAUGGCAGGAAGCAUGGUAAACGAUCUUAUUUAAAAAAUGCCUCUUACUCUCUCUAUGGGGACUUCGAUAAUGGUCAUGCUCUUCACAAAGUGGAGAAUAGGGGUUCUGACAGUGAAUAUCUCCAGCUUGAUACUAUGAUAGAAGCUCCUAGAAUUAGAGAUGAUAACCUUGGAGUAACUUCCUCUGGAGCUGUUAAUUCUAGAACAAGAGAAGGCAGCAGUUUGGAAAUGCAUGAAGAAGUGGUGCCAUGUCAAAGUGAAAGCACUUCAAAAGAAAUGCCAAAAAUUAAGAAUGGUGGGAUAUUUAAGUAUUUGACAGAUUAUACUGAUAUAGAUGCAGAUGCAGAACACUAUCUUUCUACUGCACUAAAUUGUUAUGAAGAAGCUAGAAAAGCAUUGGUUGGACUUCCUACAGGCUCAGCUGAAUUACAGUCUGUAAUUAAAAAGAUUGGGUGGGUUUGCAAUGAAAUGGGUCGAAAUAGGCUUGGAAGAAAAGAGUUGACAAAAGCUGAACUUGCUUUUGCUGAUGCCAUAUCUGCAUUCAGAGAAGUUUCUGAUCACACCAACAUCAUAUUGAUCAAUUGUAAUUUGGGCCAUGGUAGACGAGCUUUGGCUGAAGAGAUGGUAUCAAAGUUUGAAAGUCUCAAAUUCCAUGACGUCUUCCAUAAUGCUUGCAAACAAGCUUUGCAAAGUGCAAAGCUGGAAUACUGUGAAUCACUUAAAUUUUAUGGGGCAGCAAAGUCAGAAUUGAAUGCUAUUGCCUUAGAGAACAACUUGGAAUCAAAGAGCUUGAAGAAUGAAGUAUAUACUCAGUUUGCUCACACAUAUCUGAGGCUUGGCAUGCUUUUGGCCAGAGAAGAUAUUACUGCAGAAGUUUAUGAGAAUGGUGCCUUGGAAGAUUUGCCUGUUGUUUGUAUUAGUCCCAGUGACAAGAAAGCUACGAGAGAAUUGAGAAAACAUGAGAUUUCAGCUAAUGAAGCUAUUAGAGAGGCAUUAUCAGUGUAUGAAUCUUUGGGUGAAUUACGUAAACAAGAGGCUGCAUAUGCUUGCUUUCAGCUUGCUUGCUACCAAAGGGAUUGCUGUUUAAAAUUUUUGGGGUCAGAUUAUAAGAAAAGCAACUUGCCUAAAGGUGAAAAUAGCAUUAUUCAACGGGUGAAGCAGUAUGCUUCCUUGGCUGAGAGGAACUGGCAAAAAGCAAUAGAAUUUUAUGGACCAGAGACGCAUCCCACCAUGUACCUAACAAUUCUUACAGAGAGAUCAGCUCUUUUACUAAGCCUCUCAAGUUUCUUACACUCAAAUGCAAUGCUAGAAUCAGCUCUAUCUUGUAUGCUUGAAGGACGCAAUGCAUCUCAAAAAAUUUCAGAUUCUUUUGGAACUGAUCACCCACAGGUACAUGCCAAAUUUUGGGGUCAUUUGCAGACGCUUUUGAAGAAAAUGUUAGCCUCCAUGCUUCCUGGAAAUACAAAUAGAUCUUCAUCCAUUGUUCAGCCAACAUCAGGAUCUAACAGGCCUGAUGCUAGAAAGCUCAGGGACCUCUACAAGAUGUCAUUGAAGUCUGCUGAUUUCAGUCAGUUACAUGCUAUGAAUGAUUUGUGGAUAUCAUAACCUGAAACUUACCUUUCUAUUUUCUGGAGUUCAUCCUAUAAUAUUUACAUCUCAUGCGGAAAGUAAUAUUAGCAUUGGAUAAUUGAAGAACUCUCCUUGCAGCAUUUUGUUGUUGGCACAACUCACCUUUGUACCACAGUAGCUGAGAUGCACUAGAAUUGAUGGAAAGAUUUGAAAGUGAAAAUACUAACAAACAUUUAGGAGAAUGUAUAUGUGGAUGGGUUGCUCUUAAGGCUAUGUAAAUGGGGCGUUGAAAUUGUAAAUAUGCUUAAAAGAUAGAUUUCCAAAUUUGUGCAAGUUAUAUUCUAUUAGUACAUAAUUCAAAAACAGUUAUUUCAUUUA